UGCGGAUUGAAAUCAUACAAAAUACCCGGAUGUAACUUUACAGGGUCAAAUAAUAAAAACUUUAUAAAAUAUGCUUAUAGCAUCUUGUCGCAGAGUGGCCGCGGCUCUGGGCCAGCAAGUACGAAGUUUUCACAGAUGUUUGCCAGCCAGCAGUGGACACAUGUUUGUGCACAGAGACACACCAGAAAACAAUUCUGAUACACCAUUUGAAUUCACAAAUGAAAAUAAAAAGAGAUGUGAGGCUAUUAUUGCAAACUAUCCAAAUGGACACCAAGCUGCAGCAGUUAUCCCCCUUCUUGAUGUGGCUCAGCGCCAGCAUGGUUGGCUACCAAUAUCUGCGAUGCAUAAAGUGGCUGAAGUUCUUAACAUGCCCAAGAUGAGAGUGUAUGAAGUCGCCACGUUUUAUACAAUGUUUAACAGGGAGCCUGUAGGAAAGUACUUUGUACAGAUCUGCACAACAACCCCGUGCAAUCUGGGAGGUGUAGGGUCGGACAUUAUUCUGGAAACCAUUAAGAAAAACUUAGGUAUUGAUGUAGGGGAGACAACUAAGGACAAAAAGUUCACUCUGGCUGAGGUGGAAUGUCUUGGUGCUUGUGUCAACGCACCCAUGAUACAGAUCAAUGAUAAUUAUUACGAAGAUCUGACCCCCGAGGAUACAGAUCGGAUACUGAAUGACAUAAAGGCUGGGAAGAUACCAAAACCUGGACCUCAAAGUGGACAAGACUGGAGAUUUGCAUCUGAACCCAAAGGAGGCCUCACUUCAUUAACAGAACCCCCAAAAGGACCCGGAUUUGGCUGUCGUAGUGACUUGUGACAGUAUUAACUAAAAGACUACUUAUUGUGGACACUUUCAUGGAAAUAGCUAUGCUAGAACGAUGGAAAAUUAUUCGGUAGAACACAAAAAUGUGCUGUUACUUUCUUGUAUAUAUAAAUAUAUUGAUUUGUGUGAAAUAAUUUAUAUGUGAA